CCGGUGUUCGGUGCACCAGGCUAGGUUAGCACACAGCUGCUACAUCCGGGCGCUCUGCUCGGUUUACAAGCCCUGCGAAGAUGGCGACGUCAGGGAGGAGUGCAUUAUUAUCCUCCACCUCAACUGGACCUAAGAGCACACUGGAGAACUCCAACCCAGAGGAGGAUGAUGGACAGAACUUAUGGUCCACCAUCCUGAGUGAAGUGUCUACCCAUUCAAGAUCUAAGCUACCGUCUGGGAAAAAUGUCCUGGUCAUGGGUGAGGUUGGCUCGGGGAAGACCACCUUGGUUGCAAAACUACAGGGGGUUGAAGAGUACAUGAAAGGGCGUGGCUUGGAAUACCUUUACUUCAGUGUCCAUGAUGACGACAUUGACGACCACACUAGGUGUAAUGCCUGGGUGUUAGAUGGAGACCUUUACCACAAAGGUCUGCAGGGAGUAGCUGUGCCCGUGGACUCGAUCAGCAACACGUUGCUGCUGAUAACGGUUGACAUGUCGCGACCGUGGAACGCCCUGGACUCCCUCCAGAAGUGGGCCGCCGUCGCUAGGGAACACAUCGACAAACUCCGGGUCGCCCCGGAAACACUGCGGGAGCUGGAGCACAGACUUGUCAAACAGUUCCAGGAGUACACAGAGCCAGGCAGUGGGGAGGAUGGCACCCCACAGAGGAGGAGUGAAGAGGAGGAGAGCGUGCUGCUGCCUUUAGGAGACAACACACUCACACACAACCUGGGCAUACCAGUGGUGGUGGUCUGCACCAAGUGUGACGCCAUCAGCACAUUGGAAAAGGAGCACGACUACAGAGACGAACACCUGGACUUCAUCCAGUCCCACAUCAGGCGUUUCUGUCUGCAGUACGGCGCGUCUCUGGUUUACACGUCAGUGAAGGAGAUGAAGAACCUGGACAUCCUCUACAAAUAUCUGGUCCACAGACUCUACGGCUUUCCCUUCCACUGCCCCGCACAAGUGGUGGAAAGAGACGCUGUCUUCAUUCCAUCAGGUUGGGACAAUGAGAAAAAGAUCGCCAUACUUCAUGAGAACUUCCAGACAGUAAAAACAGACGACAGCUUUGAGGACGUAGUAGUCAAACCACCAGUCAGAAAGAUUGUACAUGAAAAGGAGAUUCAGGCAGAAGAUGACCAAGUGUUUCUGGUAAAACUGCAGUCGCUGCUCGCCAAACAGCCCGCUGUGACAGCAGGGCGACCUGUGGACACCACUAGCAGAGCACCCACCGGUUCCCCCAGGACGAGUAAUCGCUCCGCAGCGGCCAACGUAGCGAACACCAUGCCACAGUCGGGUCAGACCAGUGAGGGUGUGUUGGCCAACUUCUUUAACAGUCUACUGACAAAGAAGGCGGGGACAGGGGGGCCCGGGACGCCAGGUGGUGGUAACAACACUCCAGGAACCGUACGCAAGUCAGGUUCCAAGCUGGGCCUGAGCGACGUACAGGCGGAACUGGACCGCAUAUCCAGCCGGGAGACUGACUCGGAUUUGCCCAAUGCCAACGAGACCCCUGCCACCGACGGCCAGGACACAUGAACACCAACACACGUCACCCUGCUCCCUCCCACCUCCUCCACCUCAGUCACCUUCCACCUCCCUUGUCCCUCCUCCCUCCACUCUCAGCACUUUCUCCAUCACAAAGCUGUGGGGAGAAGAAGGGAAGUAGGGGAGAAGGAGGGGGAGCGGACACCGUUUUUCCUCCCCAUCCUCUUUCACGUUCUCCUCAAGCUGAAGAACACGCCCUCUCUUCCUCUACGCCUUCUCCCACGCCGCAUUCUCCUUCCCCUUUCACUUCUUUUCCUGGCUGUUACGCUGAGGGCGAAUAGUUGUCACUGUUACAUGACUGUCUGUUACAUGAGAGUAAAUGGGUAUGGGGGACCAAUUGGGGGUGUGAAGGUUGGGACGGGAAGAAGUGAGGGGUGGGUCGAAAAGGACUGAUUGAAGGAAUGAAAGCAUUUUAUCCAUCCAUUUAUUGUGAUGGUACAGUUAGUGUUUUUACUGUAGGAACUGCUGAAGGGCGCAUGUUGACAAAACUGCACUUAGGUACUAUAGGGAUGGUUGUGUGAUUGUGUGUUUAACGUAUGUGGGGCAGUCAUGCUUGGCCAGAGGAAGAGAUUGAGAACAAAAAAAUAUGCCUGAAACAAAAUUGCAAACACAGUCUUGUUGUUUUUUUUUUUUUUUUUUUUUUUUUUUUUUUUAAGAUGAAGGGACAAAAAAAACAUACCAGUAUGUAUGUGUGUGUGUGUGCGUGUGCGUGUGUGUAUGUAAGAGUGAGUGAGUGUGAGAAUGCAGCAGAUAGAAAAUUAAAUAUGUUACUUCAGCCUAGACCUGUAUGUUAAGAUGUUUGGCUGUUUGCAUUUCCAGCAAGAGGCAAAAAAAAACAUUACUAUGCUCUUACACUACAAGCUCUUAAAACAAUACAUACACUAUUAUUACAGCAGCUCUGUCUGCUACACCUCACAAACUAAGCCUGACAAAAAAAAAUAAAAAAUACAAAAUGACAGUUCACACUCGAGCACUAGUCCUGUGUAGACGACACCUAAGGUCCAUCAUGGCACCAAGUUCUACAAUUGGCCAAAACUUCCCCUCGUAUUACAUACUGCUCAAACCUGUAGAUAACAGCCACUGCACUGAAAGGGGAGGGUGGUAGAGAGUGGGUGGGUAGCUGAGCUUUACUUGUACAGAAAGAAGCACUAGUGAUUCAGUUCCAUAGUUACUGCGGGCAGGGUGGUGGGUGGGCAAAGGGGUCAGAACAUGGGAGGGUCACAUCAAGAAUGUACAGUCAUUGUCUCGCUGAUUGGUCCUGUUAUUUCAGAGCUCUGUGUUGGCAUUUGUAUAAUCAGAUCUGUUAAUCAGUCAAAUAAAAGGUGUAUUUAUUCGGAUUCAUCCA